CGGGAGGAGACCGCCCCAGCCUGCAAGGAAGUGCUCAUUAUGGAGAGUGGAGAGUGACAGGCCACUCCCGGCCACGUCUCCAAGCAAGCCGGUGCCCCCUCCUCCUGCUGCCACCGCCCACUGAGCUGCCUGGACUGCAGACGCCCUGGUCGGAGCCUCUGGGGCCAGAUGUUAUAGGGCAAGCUAAAAAUAACCGGGCAGGCCGGCCACCAUCGAGGAAGGGGCAUGUGCUGGACGCGGACACAUGAUCCAAGGGACUCUACUGGGUGGAACUAAGAAAGUCCAGCAGGCUGUGCACGCUCCUGUCCCCACUCGCAGGCCCACGCAGCGAGAGGGGCCCCUCUUCUGUGUGUGUCUGGAAGGUUGCUGUCCAGUGAGGAAAUGCCUUUAACCAGCGUGGGGCCGGGCAGCCGCAGGAGGCAGAUCAUCCAGGCUCUGUGCCUCUUGCUACUUCUGCUCCACGCCGGCUCUGCCAAGAAUAUCUGGAAACGGGCAUUGCCUGCGAGGCUGGCCGAGAAAUCCCGUGCCGAGGAGGUGGGCGCGCCCGGCUUCUCCCGGCAGCCCCGAGCCGACCGCUGCCCGCCGCCCCCGCGGACGAUGCCCCCUGGCGCCUGCCAGGCCGUGCGCUGCCAGGCUGACUCGGAGUGCCCGCGGCACCGGCGCUGCUGCUACAACGGAUGUGCCUACGCCUGCCUAGAGGCCAUGCCGCCCCCGCCAGUCUUAGACUGGCUGGUGCAGCCGAAACCUCGAUGGCUUGGUGGCAAUGGCUGGCUCCUGGAUGGCCCUGAGGAGGUGUUGCAAGCAGAGGCAUGCAGCACCACGGAGGAUGGGGCCGAACCGCUGCUCUGUCCCUCGGGCUAUGAGUGCCACAUCCUGAGCCCAGGUGACGUGGCCGAAGGCAUCCCUAACCGUGGGCAGUGCGUCAAGCAGCGCCGACAAGCAGAUGGUCGAAUCCUACGACACAAACUUUACAAAGAAUAUCCAGAAGGUGACUCAAAGAAUGUGGCAGAACCUGGAAGGGGACAACAGAGGCACUUUCAAUAAAGCAACAGCAGGCAGCUGGGUUGCAAGAACACUCCUCCACUUUCUGCUAAGCCUUGGAAACAGUUGGGAAAAGCAGUUUGACCCUCAAAGUUCACAUGCAGCUCAGCAGAGCAAGACCCCAGAGAUGCUUAGAGACGGGACACCUAGCCGUCAAUCCCAGUUUGGCCCAGCCUGGUUGGGCGACUUUGUGGGAGCCGCUUAACAGCUCUGGGUCCCUGUUUUACCAUCCUGGGAGCAAGGCCCUGCAACUCCACAAGACCUCUGCCCUGGGAAGAAGCCACUGCCCAUGCAAGCAUUUCUGAAGCCCCUUUCUAAGACAAGGCUCAGCGUCUUGAUAUUUUUGACAGAUUUCUCCCAAGUCUGGCUCUGGGAGGUAUGUACCCAUCUCAGAUGUUCCCAGAAUAAAUUCAUCCAUCAGGAAAUGGAAAUGAACUUGCCUACUAAUGUGUGAUGCCUAGUUCUAGCCACCUGAUGUGCUGAGGCCUAAAUGUUAGCAGAUGGGAGGAGGCCACAGAACAAUAAAAACAACCAAAUAAGA